GAAGGUUCCGUGACAUAGAGGAAGGCCGGCUCACAGGAUCCGCCUGCUCAGAUACGUGCAAGAUAUCCAUCUUUGGAUACGUCACACACUGACUUUAGGUGUCUCACGCUCCCAGCUCCCAGCUCUCUGCCAUGGCACCGCUGCUAGGACUCGCCGCCAAGGCCGUGCUGCUGGUGCUAGCGCCGGUGCUGCUCUCCGUCGCGCUGUACAGCCCCAAGGACUUCUCGCCGGCGGCGGUGACGCCCGACUACAGCUUCGGCGCCGACGUGUACGCGCCGCGCCACGACGCGCGCGUGCUGGCCUCGAGCGAGCGGAUCGGGGAGGGCCGGCUCCCGGGCCCCGAGGACCUGGCCUACGACGCCGCCGGCGGGUGGCUGUACACCGGGUGCGCCGACGGGUGGAUCCGGAGGGUGAGCGUGCCCGGCGGGGACGUCGAGGACUGGGUCUACACUGGCGGCCGCCCGCUCGGCGUCGUGCUCGCCGGCGACGGCGGCCUCGUCGUGGCGGACGCGGAUAAGGGUUUGCUAAAGGUGACCCCGGACAAGACGGUGGAGCUGCUGACGGACGAAGCGGAGGGCCUUAAGUUCGCCCUGACCGACGGCGUAGACGUCGCCGACGAUGGCACCAUCUAUUUCACAGACGCCUCAUACAAGAACAACCUCGCACAUUUUAUGAAGGACGUGCUCGAGGCGCGGCCGCAUGGCCGCCUCAUGAGCUUUGACCCCUCCACGCGCAAGACCAUCGUGCUCGCGCGCGAUCUCUACUUCGCCAAUGGCGUCGCCAUCGCGCCGGACCAGGGCUCCCUCAUCUACUGCGAGACAGUCGUGAGAAAGUGCUCGAGGUACCACAUCAGGGGUGACAAGGCAGGAAUGGUGACGAGGUUCAUCGGCAGCCUUCCAGGCUACCCCGACAACAUCCGGUACGACGGCGAGGGACGGUACUGGAUCGCGCUCUCCGCGGGGAGGACGCUGGAGUGGGACGUGCUGAUGAGGUGGCCGUUCGUGCGCAAGCUGGUGUACAUGGUGGACACGUACGUGGUUUCGGUGCCGCAGAACCUGAGAUACGCGGGGGCCAUGAGCGUGACGCUCGAUGGGGAGCCGGUGACCAUGUACACCGACCGGGGGCUCGCGCACGCCACCGGCUGGCUCAAGGUCGGGGACUACCUCUACUACGGCUCGCUAGCCAGUUCCUACAUCAGCAGGAUCGACCUUACCAAAUCAUCCAUCGAAGCCUAAGACGACGACCUUCAUUCUUCGAUUAUCUGUGCAUUCAUGGUUUGUUUGAAUGUUGAACUUCGUGGGCUGUUUUCUAGUAUCUGUUUGAAAACGGACAACAUAACUGUUUGAAACAACAAAUAUUUGAGCACAAUUGUAUCAUAAUAUCUCAAUAGUAGUCUCAAUGAUUACACA